CUCGCCCUCCCUACGCAGCCAGGCUUUCAGUCCUGGAAAAGGAGACCUAAUUCCUGGCUGUGCAAUGGUCUCUGCAAGACAACCUGAGCUUGAGGUGGUGCUUUUAUGUACAGAUCUAAAUUGGUUUUCCAUCUUCACUGAGGAGGCAAUUCAUUCUUCUCUUGCGACAACCACAUAGCUGGACAAAAUUGCAAAGAUCUGUCCUGUGUCGAGUAUGACAGCCACGACUCGUGGCUCUCCUGUCGGGGGGAAUGACAACCAGGGACAGGCUCCUGAUGGACAGUCUCAGCCUCCCCUCCCACAGAAUCAGACUUCCUCUCCCAACACAUCGAGUGAGAAUUCACCAGUGAGCCCUCCUGAUGAACAAGGUCAGGGUGAUGCUCCUCCUCAGCUUGAGGAGGAGGAGCCUGCAUUUCCUCACACUGAUUUGGCAAAGCUGGAUGAUAUGAUAAAUAGACCCCGUUGGGUGGUUCCAGUUUUGCCCAAAGGUGAAUUAGAAGUUCUUCUAGAAGCUGCUAUAGAUCUUAGUAAAAAAAGCCUUGAUAUUAAGAGUGAAGCAUGUCAACGCUUUUUCCGUGAUGGGCUCACAAUUUCCUUUACAAAAAUUCUAACAGACGAGGCUGUGAGUGGUUGGAAAUUUGAGAUCCAUCGAUGUAUUAUAAACAAUACUCAUCGCCUCAUAGAACUGUGUGUGGCCAAGCUAUCCCAGGACUGGUUUCCCCUUCUUGAACUCCUUGCUAUGGCCUUAAAUCCUCACUGCAAGUUUCAUAUCUACAAUGGUACACGUCCCUCUGAGACUGUUCCUGCUGGAGUCCAGCUGGCUGAGGAUGAACUCUUUGCACGUCCUCCUGACCCACGCUCACCCAAGGGCUGGCUUGUGGAUCUUAUCAACAAAUUCGGGACAUUAAAUGGUUUUCAGAUUCUACAUGAUCGAUAUGUCAGUGGUUCAGCAUUGAAUGUUCAGAUAAUUGCAGCUCUCAUCAAACCAUUUGGACAGUGUUACGAAUUCCUUACCCUACAUACGGUGAAGAAAUAUUUCCUUCCAAUAAUAGAAAUGGUUCCCCAGUUUCUUGAAAAUCUAACAGAUGAGGAGCUGAAAAAGGAAGCAAAGAAUGAAGCCAAAAAUGAUGCUUUAUCCAUGAUAAUCAAAUCAUUGAAAAACUUAGCUUCUCGGGUUCCUGGACAGGAGGAAACUGUCAAAAAUUUAGAAAUAUUUAGAUUAAAAAUGAUACUGAGGUUAUUACAAAUCUCAUCUUUUAACGGAAAAAUGAAUGCACUAAAUGAAGUUAACAAGGUGAUUUCCAGUGUCUCUUAUUAUACACAUCGCCAUGGCAGUCCUGAAGAAGAAGAAUGGUUGACAGCAGAGAGAAUGGCAGAGUGGAUCCAACAGAAUAAUAUCUUGUCAAUUGUACUGCGUGACAGUCUGCAUCAACCACAAUAUGUGGAAAAACUAGAGAAGAUACUUCGCUUUGUUAUUAAAGAAAAAGCACUCACCCUCCAGGAUCUCGACAACAUUUGGGCAGCGCAGGCUGGUAAACAUGAGGCAAUUGUGAAGAAUGUCCAUGAUCUUCUUGCAAAAUUGGCUUGGGAUUUUUCUCCUGAACAACUAGACCACCUCUUUGAUUGCUUUAAGGCAAGUUGGACAAAUGCAAGUAAAAAGCAACGUGAAAAGUUGUUGGAACUCAUCCGUCGCCUUGCUGAAGAUGACAAAGACGGUGUGAUGGCACAUAAAGUGUUAAACCUCCUGUGGAAUUUAGCACACAGUGAUGACGUGCCUGUUGAUAUUAUGGAUCAGGCUCUUAGUGCACACAUCAAAAUCCUGGAUUACAGCUGUUCACAGGAUCGCGACACACAAAAGAUACAGUGGAUAGAUCGUUUUGUGGAGGAGUUGCGUACUAAUGACAAGUGGGUAAUUCCCGCACUGAAACAGAUUAGAGAAAUCUGCAGUUUAUUUGGAGAAGCACCGCAGAAUUUGAGUCAGACGCAACGAAGUCCUCAUGUGUUCUAUCGUCACGACUUGAUUAACCAGCUUCAGCAUAAUCAUUCGCUGGUCACUUUGGUAGCUGAAAACCUCUCAGCAUACAUGGAGAAUAUACGGCAGUUUCACAAAGAGAACCCAGAAUAUGAUCCACAGACGGUGCAGCCAAGUAGUCGAUACAGCCAUGUACAAGAAGUUCAAGAACGACUUAAUUUCUUGAGAUUUUUAUUGAAGGAUGGCCAACUGUGGUUGUGUGCUCCUCAAGCCAAGCAGAUCUGGAAGUGUUUGGCGGAAAACGCAGUCUAUCUUUGUGAUCGUGAAGCUUGUUUCAAGUGGUUUUCCAAGUUGAUGGGAGAUGAACCUGAUUUGGACCCAGACAUAAAUAAGGACUUCUUUGAAAAUAAUGUUCUGCAACUGGAUCCUUCCCUCCUAACAGAAAAUGGAAUGAAGUGCUUUGAGCGAUUUUUCAAGGCUGUAAACUGUCGAGAAGGAAAGCUUGUAGCCAAGCGACGUGCUUAUAUGAUGGAUGACCUCGAAUUGAUAGGACUGGAGUAUCUGUGGAGGGUCGUAAUUCAAGGAAGUGAUGACAUUGCCAGUCGAGCUAUCGACCUGUUAAAAGAAAUAUACACCAAUCUUGGACCAAGGUUGCAGGUUAAUCAGGUAGAGAUUCAUGAAGACUUCAUUCAGUCAUGUUUUGAUCGACUGAAGGCCUCGUAUGACACAUUGUGUGUACUUGAUGGUGACAAAGACAGUAUUAAUUGUGCAAGACAAGAAGCAAUACGGAUGGUGCGUGUAUUGACUGUGUUGCGGGAGUACAUCAAUGAGUGUGACAGCGACUACCAUGAGGAGCGAACUAUUCUACCCAUGUCUAGAGCAUUUCGUGGAAAACAUGUCUCACUUGUAGUACGUUUUCCGAAUCAAGGACGUCAGGUUGAGGAUUUGGAUAUUUGGUCACACACAAAUGAUACCAUUGGCUCAGUCAGGCGUUGUAUCCUCAAUCGAAUAAAAGCCAACAGCGCGCACACAAAAAUAGAAUUGUUUAUUGGUGGUGAACUUGUAGACCCUGCUGAUGAUCGAAAAUUAAUUGGACAGUUGAAUCUGAAAGAUAAAACACUUAUUACAGCCAAGCUAACACAGAUAAGCUCCAAUAUGCCUUCAAGCCCUGAUAGUUCUUCUGAUUCCUCAACUGGCUCCCCUGGAAACCAUGGUAACCACUACAGCGAUGGCCCUAAUCCAGAAGUAGAAGGCUGUUUGCCUGGAGUGAUAAUGUCCUUGCACCCUAGAUACAUUUCCUUCCUUUGGCAAGUUGCAGAUCUGGGCAGCAGCCUAAACAUGCCACAGUUGAGAGAUGGUGCUCGUAUCCUUAUGAAACUUAUGCCUCCUGAUAACACUACAGUAGAAAAACUGCGUGCUAUCUGCUUAGAUCACGCGAAGCUUGGUGAAAGCAGCCUCAGUCCAACUCUUGAUUCCCUCUUUUUUGGACCAUCUGCCUCACAAGUGCUGUAUCUAACUGAGGUAGUAUAUGCCUUGUUAAUGCCUGCCAGUGCACCUCUGGGGGAAGACGCAAGUGAUUUUCAGUACAAUUUUUUAAAAAGUGGUGGUGUGUCCCUCGUGCUGGGAAUGCUCACCAGGAAUAAUUUCCUCCUAAAUGCGGAUGUGGAGACUCGCAGGGCUGCCUAUCUUAAUGCACUAAAAAUAGCCAAAGUAUUACUCACGGCAGUUGGAUAUGGCCAUGUCAGAGCUGUAGCCGAAGCCUUUCAGCCAGUUGUGGAGGGUUCAAGCACUGUUUCACCGAUAAAUCAUGCUACUCAUAGCCAGGCUGUAGUUCUGCAGAAUGCUCUGCACAACAUUCCCAAUCCCACUUCAGAAUGUAUGUUGCGAAAUGUAGCUAUUCGCCUUGCACAGCAAAUAUCAGAUGAGGCCUCAAAAUAUAUCCCAGACAUCUGUGUUAUCCGAGCAGUUCAAAAAAUUGUCUGGGCCUCGGGUUGCGGUUCGAUACAGCUUGUAUUCAGUUCAAGUGAAGAUAUCAGCAAGAUUUAUGAAAAGACUAAUGCAGGGAAGGAGCCAGAUUCAGAAGAUGAACAUGUUUGCUGUGAAGCACUGGAAGUCAUGACGCUUUGUUUUGCACUGGUUCCAACAGCGCUGGAUACACUUAGUAAAGAAAAGGCAUGGCAAACCUUCAUCAUUGAUUUGCUACUGCACUGCCACAGCAAAGCUGUAAGGCAAAUGGCCCAGGAGCAGUUCUUCCUGAUGGCUACCAGAUGCUGCAUGGGACAUCGACCUCUCCUUUUCUUCAUUACUCUGCUCUUCACUGUAUUGGCAAGCACAGCAAGAGAGAGAGCAAAACAUUCAGCAGACUACUUCACGUUAUUGAGACAUUUGCUUAAUUACGCCUAUAAUAGCAACAUCAACUUACCGAAUGCAGAAGUUCUGCUCAACAAUGAAAUUGAUUGGCUGAAGAGGAUUCGGGAUGAAGUAAAAAGAACAAGUGAAACGGGUGUCGAAGAAACCAUCCUGGAGGGUCAUCUUGGAGUCACAAAGGAGCUGCUGGCUUUCCAGACACCUGAAAAGAAAUAUCAUAUAGGUUCUGAAAAAGGAGGAGCUAAUCUCAUUAAGGAGCUGAUAGAUGAUUUUAUCUUCCCAGCCUCCAAUGUGUAUCUACAGUAUAAGAAGAGUGGGGAGUUGCCAUCUGAGCAGGCCAUUCCUGUUUGUAGUACGCCAGCUACCAUCAAUGCUGGUUUUGAGCUGCUGGUAGCGUUAACUGUUGGCUGUGUGCAAAACCUAAAACAAAUCGUUGACACUCUGACAGAUAUGUAUUAUGCAGGUUGUGAAGCAUUAACAGAGUGGGAGUACUUGCCACCAGUCGGACCACGGCCUUCAAAAGGAUUUGUAGGAUUAAAGAAUGCUGGUGCAACUUGCUACAUGAAUUCUGUUAUCCAGCAACUGUACAUGAUACCAGCUAUCAGAAAUGGUAUACUUACUACUGAAGGCACUGGCAGUGAUGUUGAUGAUGAUACAUCUGGUGAUGAGAAACAAGAUAAUGAGAGCAACAUAGAUCCCAGAGAUGAUGUUUUUAGUUACCAUCACCAUUAUGACAAACCUGUAAUAGGAAAAACUGAAGAUCGGAAAGAGUAUAAUAUUGGCGUCCUCAGGCACCUUCAAGUCAUCUUUGGACAUUUGGCUGCCUCCAGAUUACAGUACUAUGUGCCUAGAGGUUUCUGGAAGCAGUUCAGGCUUUGGGGUGAACCAGUUAACCUUAGAGAACAACAUGAUGCUUUAGAAUUCUUCAACUCUCUUGUGGACAGCUUGGAUGAAGCUUUGAAAGCUCUUGGACAACCUACUAUGCUAAGCAAAGUUCUUGGGGGUUCAUUUGCUGAUCAGAAGAUAUGUCAAGGCUGUCCUCAUAGGUAUGAGUGUGAAGAAUCCUUCACAACGUUGAAUGUAGACAUUAGAAACCAUCAAAACCUGCUUGACUCACUUGAACAAUAUGUGAAAGGAGACUUGUUGGAGGGCGCCAAUGCAUACCACUGUGAGAAAUGCAACAAAAAGGUGGACACAGUAAAGCGUUUGCUAAUAAAGAAGCUGCCACCAGUUUUAGCAAUUCAACUGAAACGAUUUGACUAUGACUGGGAAAGGGAAUGUGCAAUCAAAUUCAAUGAUUAUUUUGAGUUUCCACGGGAGCUGGAUAUGGAGCCUUAUACAGUUGCAGGUGUUGCCAAGUUGGAAGGGGAUGAUAUCAAUCCAGAAAAUCAGGUGAUCCAAAAUGACCAGCCAGAUAAUGAACAGCCUGGUAGCACGAAAUACAGACUAGUUGGUGUCUUGGUGCACAGUGGGCAAGCCAGCGGUGGACAUUACUAUUCUUACAUCAUUCAGAGAAAUGGUGGAGAUGGUGAGAAGAACAAAUGGUAUAAGUUUGAUGAUGGUGAUGUAACUGAGUGCAAAAUGGAUGACGACGAGGAGAUGAAAAACCAGUGUUUUGGUGGAGAAUAUAUGGGUGAAGUCUUCGACCAUAUGAUGAAACGUAUGUCAUACAGGCGACAAAAACGAUGGUGGAAUGCCUAUAUACUUUUCUAUGAACGUAUGGAUACAAUAGAUAAAGAUACUGAGUUAGUUAAAUACAUUUCCGAGCUGGAGAUUACCAUUAAACCACACCAGAUAAAGAUGCCAAGCGUCAUAGAGCGAAGUGUUCGGAAGCAGAAUGUACAAUUCAUGCACAACCGAAUGCAGUAUAGCCUGGAGUACUUCCAGUUUAUGAAGAAACUACUGACCUGUAACAGUGUCUACCUGAAUCCACCACCUGGGCAAGAUCAGCUGUUGCCUGAAGCUGAAGAACUGGCUAUGAUAAGUAUUCAACUUGCGGCAAGGUUCUUGUUCAAUACAGGGUUUCAUACAAAGAAAAUUGUCCGUGGUCCAGCAAGCGAAUGGUAUGAUGCAUUGUGUAUCCUGCUCCGCCACAGCAAGAAUGUACGCUAUUGGUUUGCACAUAAUGUUCUUUUUGCCCACCCAAAUCGCUUCUCUGAGUACCUUCUGGAGUGCCCUAGUACAGAAGUGAGGAGUGCUUUUGCUAAGCUCAUUGUAUUUAUUGCACAUUUCUCUUUGCAAGAUGGACCAUGCCCUUCCCCCUUUGCCUCCCCAGGACCUUCCAGUCAGGCUUAUGAUAAUUUAAGUCUCAGUGAUCAUCUUCUUAGAGCUGUUCUAAAUCUACUGAGACGAGAGGUAUCUGAGCAUGGAAGGCACUUGACACAGUACUUCAACCUUUUUGUUAUGUACGCCAAUCUGGGGGUGGCUGAAAAGACACAAUUGCUAAAACUGAAUGUGCCUGCAACAUUUAUGCUUGUUGCUUUGGAUGAAGGCCCAGGUCCUCCUAUUAAAUACCAGUAUGCUGAACUUGGCAAGCUUUAUGCUGUGGUGUCACAGUUAGUUCGUUGCUGUGAUGUAUCAUCACGCAUGCAAACUUCAAUUAAUGGAAAUCCGCCCCUGUCAAACCCCUACGGUGAUCCUAACCUGUCCCAGCCUAUAAUGACUAUCCAGCAGAGUGUGGCAGACAUCCUGUUUGUACGAACUAGUUAUGUGAAAAAGAUUAUUGAAGACUGCAGCAAUUCUGAGGAGACCAUCAAACUACUUCGCUUCUGCUGCUGGGAGAUUCCACAGUUUUCUUCCACUGUUCUGAGUGAACUCCUCUGGCAGGUGGCAUAUUCUUAUACUUAUGAGCUUAGACCCUACUUAGAUCUUCUGCUGCAAAUUUUGCUAAUAGAGGAUUCUUGGCAAACCCACAGGAUUCAUAAUGCCUUAAAGGGGAUUCCUGAUGACAGGGAUGGGCUGUUUGACACCAUUCAGCGUUCUAAAAACCACUAUCAGAAGAGAGCGUAUCAGUGUAUUAAAUGCAUGGUAGCCCUCUUCAGUUCCUGUCCUGUAGCCUACCAGAUCCUCCAGAGUAAUGGAGACCUGAAAAGGAAAUGGACGUGGGCAGUAGAGUGGCUUGGAGAUGAGCUGGAACGUCGGCCGUAUGCUGGAAAUCCACAAUAUACGUACAACAACUGGUCACCCCCUGUACAGAGCAAUGAAACAUCAAAUGGUUACUUCCUGGAACGGUCACACAGUGCCAGGAUGACACUUGCAAAGGCCUGUGAGCUGUGCCCCGAAGAGGGAACAUCUCAGGUGAUAUCAGCCACAGAAACAUUGGCAAGCAGCUUAAUAGGAGUCUCGCAGGAGCCAGAUGAGCAAGAAGCACCAGAUGAUCACGAUUCUUCCCCUCCAGAAGAUGCCCCAUUAUACCCCCAUUCACCCAGCUCCCAGUAUCAACAGACCACCAAAUAG